CGCGGAGGAGGAGAAAAAGGAGGGGACAGCUGUCCGCGCCCGGGCGCCCGCGGUGGCACGAGCCCGCGGCCCGAGUGCGAGGCGGAGGCGAGGAGGCCGCGGGGACGCGAGGCGAGGCCGGCCGGGGCCCCCGCAGCCAUGGAGAACGCUCACACAAAGACGGUGGAGGAGGUGCUGGGCCACUUCGGCGUCAACGAGAGCACCGGGCUGAGCCUGGAGCAGGUCAAGAAGCUCAAGGAGAGAUGGGGUUCCAACGAAUUACCGGCUGAAGAAGGAAAAACCUUGCUGGAACUUGUGAUUGAGCAGUUUGAAGACUUACUAGUUAGAAUUUUAUUGCUGGCAGCAUGUAUAUCUUUCGUUUUGGCUUGGUUUGAAGAAGGUGAAGAAACAAUAACAGCCUUUGUAGAACCUUUUGUAAUUCUGCUUAUAUUAGUAGCCAAUGCAAUUGUGGGUGUAUGGCAGGAAAGAAAUGCGGAAAAUGCAAUAGAAGCUCUUAAAGAGUACGAGCCUGAGAUGGGCAAAGUGUACCGACAGGACAGAAAGAGUGUUCAGAGAAUUAAAGCCAAAGACAUAGUUCCUGGGGACAUUGUGGAAAUUGCUGUUGGUGACAAAGUUCCUGCUGAUAUAAGAUUGACUUCUAUCAAGUCUACAACCCUAAGAGUUGACCAGUCAAUUCUCACAGGUGAAUCUGUUUCAGUCAUCAAGCACACUGACCCUGUCCCUGACCCACGAGCUGUCAAUCAAGAUAAAAAGAACAUGUUGUUUUCUGGCACAAACAUUGCUGCUGGGAAAGCUAUGGGAGUAGUGGUGGCUACUGGAGUUAAUACUGAAAUUGGCAAGAUCCGGGAUGAAAUGGUUGCAACAGAACAGGAGCGAACACCCCUGCAGCAGAAGCUGGAUGAGUUUGGGGAGCAGCUCUCCAAAGUCAUCUCCCUCAUUUGCAUUGCAGUCUGGAUCAUCAACAUUGGGCAUUUCAACGACCCAGUUCAUGGGGGUUCUUGGAUCAGAGGUGCCAUCUACUACUUUAAGAUUGCAGUGGCCCUAGCAGUUGCUGCCAUCCCUGAGGGUCUGCCUGCUGUCAUCACCACCUGCUUGGCUCUUGGAACUCGCAGGAUGGCAAAGAAAAAUGCUAUUGUUCGAAGUCUGCCUUCUGUGGAAACCCUUGGUUGUACUUCUGUUAUCUGCUCAGACAAGACAGGCACACUUACCACAAACCAGAUGUCGGUCUGCAGGAUGUUCAUUCUGGACAAAGUUGAAGGUGAUACUUGUUCCCUUAAUGAGUUUACCAUAACUGGAUCAACAUAUGCUCCCCUUGGAGAAGUGCAUAAAGACGAUAAGCCAGUGAAGUGCCAUCAAUAUGACGGGCUUGUUGAGCUGGCAACAAUCUGUGCUCUGUGUAAUGACUCUGCUCUGGAUUAUAAUGAGGCAAAAGGUGUGUAUGAAAAAGUUGGAGAAGCUACAGAGACUGCUCUCACGUGCCUGGUAGAGAAGAUGAAUGUAUUCGAUACUGAACUGAAGGGACUUUCUAAAAUAGAGCGUGCAAAUGCCUGUAACUCGGUCAUCAAACAGCUGAUGAAGAAGGAAUUUACUCUAGAGUUCUCACGAGAUAGAAAGUCAAUGUCAGUCUACUGUACACCAAACAAACCGAGCCGGACAGCCAUGAGCAAGAUGUUUGUGAAGGGUGCUCCUGAAGGUGUCAUCGACAGGUGCACCCACAUCCGUGUUGGAAGUACGAAGGUCCCCAUGACACCUGGUGUCAAACAGAAGAUCAUGUCUGUCAUUCGGGAAUGGGGCAGUGGCAGUGAUACACUGAGAUGCCUAGCUCUGGCCACUCACGACAACCCAUUGAGGAGAGAGGAGAUGCACCUGGAAGAUUCAGCCAAUUUCAUCAAAUAUGAGACCAAUCUGACUUUCGUUGGCUGUGUGGGCAUGCUGGAUCCUCCGAGGAUCGAAGUGGCCUCUUCAGUGAAGCUGUGCCGGCAGGCAGGCAUCAGAGUCAUCAUGAUCACUGGAGACAACAAGGGCACUGCGGUGGCCAUCUGUCGCCGCAUUGGUAUCUUUGGGCAAGACGAGGAUGUGACAUCAAAGGCGUUUACAGGGCGGGAGUUUGAUGAACUCAGCCCCUCAGCCCAGAGAGAUGCCUGUUUAAAUGCCCGCUGUUUUGCUCGCGUUGAACCUUCCCACAAGUCUAAGAUCGUGGAGUUCCUUCAGUCCUUUGAUGAGAUUACAGCAAUGACCGGUGAUGGCGUGAACGAUGCCCCUGCUCUGAAGAAGUCUGAAAUCGGAAUUGCUAUGGGUUCAGGUACUGCAGUGGCCAAGACUGCCUCUGAGAUGGUCCUGGCAGAUGACAAUUUCUCCACCAUUGUGGCUGCUGUUGAGGAGGGUCGAGCCAUCUACAACAACAUGAAGCAGUUCAUCCGCUACCUCAUCUCAUCCAACGUGGGGGAAGUGGUCUGUAUCUUCCUGACAGCCGCCCUUGGGUUUCCCGAGGCUUUAAUUCCUGUCCAGCUACUCUGGGUCAAUCUGGUGACAGAUGGUCUGCCUGCCACUGCACUGGGGUUCAAUCCUCCAGACCUGGACAUCAUGAACAAGCCUCCUCGGAACCCAAAAGAACCACUGAUCAGCGGGUGGCUCUUUUUCCGCUACCUGGCUAUUGGCUGUUAUGUUGGCGCUGCCACCGUGGGUGCUGCUGCAUGGUGGUUCAUCGCUGCUGACGGUGGUCCGAGAGUGACCUUCUACCAGCUGAGUCAUUUCCUACAGUGUAAAGAGGACAACCCAGACUUCGAUGGAGUGGAUUGUGCAAUCUUUGAAUCCCCAUACCCAAUGACAAUGGCGCUUUCUGUUCUCGUAACAAUAGAGAUGUGUAAUGCCCUCAACAGCUUGUCUGAAAACCAGUCCUUGCUGAGGAUGCCCCCCUGGGAGAAUAUCUGGCUCGUGGGCUCCAUCUGCUUAUCCAUGUCACUUCACUUCUUGAUCCUCUACGUGGAACCUCUGCCACUCAUCUUCCAGAUCACACCGCUGAAUCUGACCCAGUGGCUGAUGGUGCUGAAGAUUUCCUUGCCCGUUAUCCUCAUGGACGAGACGCUCAAGUUUGUGGCCCGAAACUACCUGGAACCUGCAAUACUGGAGUAACCGCUUCCUAAACCAUUUGCAGAAAUGUAAGGGUGUUCGGGUGCGUGCAUGUGCGUUGUUAGCAACACAUCUACCAGCCCUCUGCAUGACUGAUGUUGGGGAAAAGAAAAAUAGAAACGGUCCCCAAUGCACUGUGUGAUGUGGAGGAAAUGUGUAUUCCCGGUGGGGUUUUUGCUGUUCAAACUAGUGAUAACAAAUGUACAAUUUAGCAUAAUGAAUCAGAGAGCCUCUCCAGAGAAGUUUGGUUUCUUUGCUGCAAGAAAAUGAGGUUCCGAAACCCAAGAACAGAAGCCAUCAGCCAAGUCUCCACAUUUCUCUGCAAAAUGUCCUAGCCUCCAUAGCUGUAUGAUAACGGUGAUGCAUGCCUUCAGUUGUAAGCAGCCAGACUGCUCUACAGUGACAUUGGAACGUGCUUUUUAAUUGGCCCUGUACAGUGUGCUUAUUUAUAAAUUCAUUUAAAUACUACAGCUGUUGAAUGGUUAUAAUAUAGGCCUCUGGCCCUAACUUCAGUUUUUUGGGUGUGCAGCCAGCUGUUUUACAUUGUAUUAAUGUAACUUAUUUAAUGAAGCCAGAAGCAGUAGACAGAUGUUGGUACAAUACAAGAAUUGUGUGCAUUUAUCGUAAUAAAGUGCUCAGCGUCAGUUCCUCACGGCUUCUUACAGCGCAUGUUUGACUGUAGACUGUAAAUAGAGGUCAUUUUCUCUCUGUGCUGGUAACAGGUAUUGCACAGACAUGAUUUCAGGUAAAUAAAUCUAUUCUACGAUAAA